ACAAAGUCUUGUCAACCACCCCCAUCUCCAAGACAUUGCCGGUUUGGACUAAAGCCACCACUCUCUCCUCUCUCUCUAAUCUUUCUCUUCUUCGUACAACAACACAUCAUGUGAGAGUUUUGCUGGUUUCUACUUGCUCCACCCUGUCAAUGCCCAAAAUCUAUAAGCUCCAAUCAUCUUCACUCAUCUCUCAACCUCUUAAACUUUUGGCUUUUGAAACUUCUUGGACCCCUUCACCCCAACACACACAAAAUUACACUUGUGUUGUCCCUAAAUUUCAUUCAUUAUAUAAACAAUCUCAAAGAUGGUUUUCAUUAGGGUUUCAAUUAAGUUCUUGACCUUUCCAUAAUUUUUAUUACUCUAUAAAACAACAAAGUAGGGUUUUUUCAUUUUCCCUAUAUUUUGAGAAUUGAGUUGAGUGAGAGAGUUAAACAUAUAUGAUAUUUGGUUUCUUAAAUUUGAGUUAAAUGGAGGAAUACACUAAUAAUCCAAAUCCAAAUCCAAAUUCAAGGCCAAAUUUCUUAUACUCCAUUGCUAGUGGAAACAACCAACACCAACACCAACACAAUCAUCAACAUAAUCAGAUUCCAAUGAACAACUUUCAUGGAUCAGACAAUUGUUUUCAGUCUGAUCAAGUACAACAUCAACAACACUCUGCUGUGAAAACUGAAGCAAAUAGUACUUCACAACUUCACACUCCGAUUUUUCAUUACCCAGCUUUAAUGAGAACAAAUAUUAUUCCACACACCAAUAUUAUGCAUAACCAUCAUCAUCAAGGAGGAGGAGGGAGUCCAAGCAGUUCUAAUGUUGAAGCUGAAGCUAUAAAAGCCAAAAUCAUUGCUCAUCCUCAAUAUUCUAGUCUUUUACAAGCUUACAUGGAUUGUCAAAAGAUUGGAGCUCCACCGGAAGUGGUGGCUCGUUUGGUUGCGUCUAGGCAAGAAUUUGAAGCACGGCAAAGAUCUUCAGUUAACUCGAGAGAAACUUCUAAAGAUCCAGAACUAGACCAAUUCAUGGAAGCAUAUUAUGAUAUGCUUGUGAAGUAUAGAGAGGAAUUAACAAGGCCUAUACAAGAGGCUAUGGAUUUCAUGAGAAGAAUAGAAACACAGCUAAAUACACUUUGCAAUGGACCCCUUCGGAUCUUCCCUGAUGAUAAAAAUGAAGGCGUUGGUUCAUCAGAAGAGGAUCAAGAGAAUAGUGGUGGAGAAACAGAUCAACUUCCAGAGAUUGAUCCUCGAGCAGAAGACCGUGAAUUGAAAAACCACUUGCUGAAGAAAUAUAGUGGUUACUUAAGUAGUCUCAAGCAAGAACUUUCCAAGAAGAAAAAGAAAGGAAAAUUGCCUAAAGAGGCUAGACAAAAGCUACUUAAUUGGUGGGAGUUGCAUUACAAAUGGCCAUAUCCUUCGGAAUCAGAGAAGGUAGCAUUGGCUGAGUCAACAGGUUUGGACCAGAAGCAAAUAAAUAACUGGUUCAUAAAUCAAAGGAAGAGGCACUGGAAACCAUCAGAAGACAUGCAGUUUAUGGUGAUGGAUGGACUGCAUCCACAGAGUGCAGCUCUUUAUAUGGAUGGUCAUUACAUGGCUGAUGGUCCCUACCGUUUAGGGCCAUGAUUAUGAUAUAUGAAGCGUUGACACUGGCACAUCGACACCAAUGUCGGCGUGGUGGUCGGACUUAUCUUCAAUAUUAUGACCACUUUAUAUAUUAUAUUAUAUUAUAUUAUAUUAUAUAUAGUUUAAGUGGAAGGUGAAACAAUCAAAGACUGUUUAAACUGUAUCAGUCAGCAUUAUAUUUAUAUAUAGUUCUAGUUUCAAAGUAUUAUGACAAGCAUAACAUGAAACUUGGUUAUGCUUGUGCAGUGUGAAUGUUUCAGUUUUUCCCAUAUUAAUUGUUUUCUUUGUCAGUGUCUGUUGCUUCUAUUUUCCAUGUAAUUACGUACUACAAUCUGGUAGUGACAACUCAUUAUAUGUUGCACUUUGUUGGAUUUUAAAUGUCUCAUGUUUGUGGUUGCAAUGCAGAUUUUGUCUGAUUAUUA